GUAUUCAAUAAAGAUAGAUUAUAUAUAGGACUUUAGACUUGGCAAAUUGACUUCCUAGAUAAGACUACUAAAUAAGUUUUUGAUACUAUUAAGCAAGAUUUAAGUAAAAGAUGUAUUUUGAACUUAUCGAGUAGUAGAAAGAGAAUUUGAAUAAGAAAGUUAUAGCUAAAUGAACUUAUAAUCAAAUUUAAAUCAUUUGGAGAAGGGAAAUUUAAUUACCAUAAAAUUAUAGAAUUCAAUGUUAUUUUGUUUAAUUCACUCUGCUAAAAUAUUUCAUUUCCAAACCAAUCAAUGAAAGCAAG